GACAGACAAAGCAGGUCGCUAGACAGUUCAUCUAGUCUUGUGGACUUACAGUACUGUGGUCGCAGUAGCAACUUUUUAACACAUUUUGUAUGUAAGAGUUUUUUUUUUUUUUUUCGCCUUGCACACCCCGUUCGGAACUUCGUGUACAGAAAGCGGUAUUUUUUUCACGCCUAACCCAAAAGACGCUUGUUGAACAAAACAGGCUUUUUUUUUUUUUUUUUUUUUUAACCAAUUUCAGAAAGUAAUUGCGCGGCGCCUCUGUUGAGUGUCCAGCCAUGGGUUUGAAAGCUGUAAUCUGUAUUACUCUUGCUUUCUCCGCUGUAACAACAGCUAUGCAGAGGAACGAGAGCAUUAUACGAGGCUUUCCCCUAUUCAGCAUGACAGGAACAGAUGAACCCAUCGAGUACUUUGAUGUGGAGUCUCGAAGUGGUUCUGAGGGAAGCGGGUCUGGGGAUGAACCUGUGCAUGUCCCCGUUCACAGAAAUCGAGUUCACCGGAAUCGCACCUUCAUCUCCGAUCGGACCAAGCAUUUCCUCACUGGCUCUUGGAUGACUGUUUUUAUUCCAUCAGUUUACACCAUGGUCUUCACCUCCAGCCUGCUUCUGAAUGGCCUUGCUAUCCUUAUGUUCAUCUGCAAAAUGAAACUGAGUAAGCCAGCUGUGAUUUACAUGUUAAACCUGGCCAUCGCCGACUUGCUGUUUGUGCUCCUCCUCCCGUUUAAGAUCUCCUACCACUUUUGCGGCAACAACUGGGGAUUCGGACCAGUCAUGUGCCAAAUCGUCACCGCCGCAUUCUACUGCAACAUGUACUGCUCAGUUCUGCUUAUGAUGUGCAUAAGCAUUGACCGCUUCUUGGCUGUGGUUUACCCCAUGCAAUCUCUGACAUGGCGUAGCCGGGAAACGGCAGCUAUAGUGUGCAUAUCCAUGUGGUGUCUCGCCAUCGGCGGGGUCAUGCCUAUUGUUCUGUCCAAGCAGACAGCAGAGAUACCGGAGCUAGGCAUCACCACCUGCCAUGACGUCUUGGAUAUCUCAGAGUUUAAAGGCUACUAUCUUUACUUCUUUCCUAUUUUCUGCUUCAUUUUCUUUUUCAUUCCUAUGAUAAUUACAACCGUGUGCUACAUCCGCAUCAUCCAGUGCCUCGACUCGGCCAACGUGGCCAACAAGUGCAAGAAGACCCGAGCGAUCUUCAUGACAGUCACUGUCUUCACCGUCUUCAUUGUUUGCUUUGUGCCAACCAACAUCAUUUUGCUCACGCACUACCUGCAGUUUGCUCAUGGGUACAGUGAGUCGUCCUAUUUUGCCUAUCUCCUCGCCAUGUGUCUCGGCAGCUUGAGCUGCAGUUUGGACCCCCUGAUUUACUACUUUGGUUCCUCGCAGUGCCAGAGGCAGCUUCGCAACCUUCUCUGCUGUAAAAACAAGACAGAGACGGCUAGCAGCACAAAGUAUGAAAGCAGCAGCAAAAUGGAAACCUUCUCGACCAACCUUAGCAGCCAGUAUAAAAAGCUGAUGGCUUGAAUUCUGAUGUUGCAGUGUUACCGCCUCACGGAUGUGUUACCAGAAUUACAGUAAAUCUGUUUGUUAUAAAGAAAGACAUCACCCCCUGUAGCUUACUUUGAAAGGUGAAUAUUAAUAUGAAUACAAAUGCAAAGACAUUUAGGGAAGUGUGAAAAUAUUGAAGACAGGGGGUUUUAACUUCACUUUCAGGAGAAGUCUAUUACUAGUGAGGCACACUCUGUCUGUUCCUAUGUAUUAAUAUACAGUUUUAACAGUCGGACAGUUAGAUCAGGUAAACAUAUUUCCCAUAACAAGAUCUGAAUAAUAAAAAUGAUAUCUUCAAUUGAGAGAUACUGUAUUCGCUGAAAAAAGUCUGAAGGUGGUUUGAGGGGGUGUUAAAGCACUAACUAAGACUUAAAACAAAACCAAAAAACUUUCCCUGCUUUCCAUGUUUACUGUCCCUUCCCGUCUGAAUGAUCUGUUUUGUUUGAGUUGUGUCUUAAGCUUGUCUCUGAGCUUCUCACUAAUCUUUCUGAAACUGAGGGAGGCAGUGAAGCAAGUAUCAGGCCUCUUUGUGCUCCGUCACAUUGAGUCAGGGACCAAGCAGACAAGAUCAAAAUCAGACGAUUCCACAAGCUUAAAAACAAUUACAAUUUCAAUGACUUUAAUUUCAAUAAAAGUUAGGUAAUUUGUUUCUUAAAAGGUAGUUCAUACACACCUAAAACAAAAACAAACAAAAAAAAAACAUCUAAAAUAUUUUCUUCAUAUUAAGCUUUUUGUACAUGUAAUGCAGUCAUCCUGCUUUAUGGGUCUGGCAACCCUUUUAUGUAUUGUUUAGAGCCCCUUUCACACUGGCAUGCCUACCUGGGUCCCGACCCAUGUUCUUUCUACCAGGGUCACAAUCCUGUAUAGUGUGGAACCACGUACCAGGGUCAACCCUAACUUGACCCGGGUUGGCAGCGACCCACCUUUUGAGUUGACACGCUUUGACCCAGGUCGCGCGAGACAAAGUGCAUGCUGGGCAUUCGUAAGCGGAUGAAGUAACAAACAGCCAUUGCCUGCACAGGAAACCUGCAAGCCGCUUCGGUUUAUUCUGUUUCACCGUAUUUAUGUGAUUGAGACACACCAUGAACCAGAUUGCAGCAGGGAUGAGGAAAAAUUUGGGCCGACGAUUCAAUCCAGAGAAGCUGGGAAGGAGGCGUCCGUUACAAGCACGCCAUCUUGAAAUCCUGACCAGAUGAAAAGGUGUUCAUGUGAACGUUGCUUCUGUCACUCGGGUCGACCCGUCUCCUUCAAAAAGCAGUGUGCAAUCACACAGCCGACUCGCAAGACAUCGGGUUCUGACCCGGGUAGGUUCCGACCCAGGCAGAGCAUGCCAGUGUGAAAGGAGUUUUGCCGUGGCAUUUCAGUUUGCAUGUAUCUCUGUCACCACUCUGUACCAUACAUAUCGGUUGGUCUGAUGUUAACACUAUUCUUACUAGCAUGAUAAACUGCUUUAGUAGCUGUAAACAUAAAGCAUUCCCCUCCUAGAGAUAUUCGCCUCAUAAUUAUAUAUAUAUAUAUAUAUAUAUAUAAUAUAUAUAUAUAUAUAUAUAUAUUAAUGCUUGAGUGGGGUUCAUUCACUGAGUAAUCAGCGCGUGUAAGAGAUCCACUGUAGAGAGCAUAUUUCAUUACUCUGUUAUUACAACAUGUUUAAGUGGCAUUCUUCAAACCUGUAAUCAAGUAAUAUGGAAGUUUUGUAUUCUGUGGCGAUGGUGUGAAUUUGUAAGUUUUUCUCUCAAGGAAAUGUAGGCAGUUCUCCAAGGUUUUUUUUUUUUUGCAGAUGUUUAGCAACAAACGAGUGAGACAUU